UUGCAACUGUUUUCUUUUUCUGUUCCUAGUGAUUUAGCAUAAAUCAGAAAAUGUCAAAAUUGGACGAUUUUAAAAUUUUGGCAGCUUUGUUUUGAGAUGAUAUCAAUUGAUUAUCAUAAACCGACGUUUUCUGGUCUUGAUUUAAACAUAAUAUCAAAUCUAGACCCUUGGCAUCAAGCGAUCUCGGCUUAUUAUGCACAGAAUAAUUUCUGCUGAUCAAAUUAAAAAAAAAAGAAAAUCCAUCAAAAAAGUUGUCAAAAAAAUAAAUAAAUCAUUUUGACAUAAUCAUUUAUUUUAUUAUGAUUAUUAAAAUUUAACGUGAAUCAAGACUAUGGUGAAUAAAUUCGAAAAAUAUUACAAAGAAACCUCGGAAGUGAUUCAAUCUUCUGCUGAAAAAUUCAGUAAAGACGCAAAAAAAACAUGCCAAGAAUUGCCGGGUAAAGUAGCGGAAGCUUACAGUAAAGUACCGGAACACAUCGAGGCGAUUCAAAAUAGUGCUUUCGUCGCUAAAGUUCAAACGUCCGUUCAAUACAUCGUCGAUAAAGUUGUGGAGGAGUAUCAAAAAGUUAGAACGCCCGGCGAAGAUUCUUGCCAGGAAGAAGUUAAAAAGGAAGAUCAUUGCGAGGGAUGUUGUAAAGAAAACGAUUAAAAAAGAAUUAUUUUGAGAUGUCGAGUAAAAAAAAGAAAAAGAUUAACGUUGAUAAAUCAAGUCAAACAUCGCUAGAAGAAAAAGCUAAAAACGUUGAGCGUCAAAUUGUUAAGUCGUUUUCACAGACGGUUAAAAAGUUUACCGAAGAACUCGAUAAAGGGAACUUCUCAAAAACGAAUAAAUUUUGUGGUGCAUCAUUUAAAAAUUUUUUUCAAAAAUGUCAUGGUAAAAACGACGAUUUCAAAGAAAAAUUGAGAGAGAAAUUUUUUGAAGCUAAAGACCACGUCAAGUUUUACACGGAUGAUUUGUCCAUAAUCAUGUUGGUGAUUGCGAUUGAAACGAAAGAGAAUGUUGGGUUUAUGAUCGACGAAGCCAAACCGUAUUUGGAGAUUUUGAUGGAACAAGGGAAAAUUGUGGGGAAAGGGUUUGCGAGAAAAGCUGGGAAAAUACUUCAUGAUAUCAAAGAAGAGAUUUCGUUAUAAUUAAAUUCGAAUAAAAUUAUUUUUUAAUUGUCCUAAA